AUCCAACAUCUCCACAUAGAUCCAAUAACCUGUCACCACUUCAGAAAGAAGUUCACACGUCUAAGAUACUAAGUGAGUGCACGAUGCAGCUUUGUGGGAAAUUUUUUUAUUGUUUCGUUACAUGUUAAAUGUUGACCUACUAUUUAUUAAAUUUCUGGAUUAUUUUUUUUUAACAAUUGUUUACUCAGGUAUAUUUAUUAAAUAGUUUAUACAAAGAAAGACAAUGUUUUUUUUUAAAGUCCUUUUUGUAAAGCACACUUGGCCAGACUAAUCGCUUUAAUUAAUAACAACUUAUUAUUUCGAUGUUUUAAUCAGUUUCUUACGUGGAGAAUUUUUAAAAAAUUAAAAACAUUCUUUUGGAAUGAAUAAUAUUAAAUAUUUAUUAGGUGUAGUGUAGUAAAAUUUACUUAUGAAAAUUAAUUUUUAAAUAGGUUUUAAACUUAAAAUUCCAUCAAGAAUGGGUCCAAAUUUUCAGCUGACUUCAAAAAGUAACAGAUGCAAACAUAAUUAUGUAAUAAUAAAAAUAUUUUAAAAAACGAAAGGAGCAAAGUAUGGCAUCCAUAAUAGUAAAGAUAUUCAGCAUUUAAAAUUCAAAUAAUCGACCUUUCUAAAAAAAAAACAGACGUUAUGUGCAAUUUAAUGGUUUUGUGUGAAUUCUUUGAGCUCUCAUUUAAAGUGAUCCAUUGAGGUGGUCAGCAACGUGCAUGAGAAAAUGUUUUUUUUAAAAAGGUUAAAAAAAAGAAGAAAAAAAUGAGGAAAAAAAAUAAAACGUUCAUUAAAAAACUAAUGUUUGAUUGUUGAUGAAUGUCACAUCUGAAAUGAUUGUUGAUGAAUGUCACAUCUGAAAUCCAUCUUUUUGGUCAUUGUUGGCAUUUAUAAUCCGUCUUGUAUUAUACUCGCUGACAUAUUGUAAUGUUUUAAUUUAAUUGCACAAUCUCCACACUGAUAAGCUAGAACGACUUGUGCAAAAAAAGGACACAUCUUCAAUUUACAUUUACAAAUGAGUUGAAUGCUGGCAACAAUUGUCGGCCAGAUGAAAAUAUUUUUAUUUAGUUCAAUAAUCAAAUAGCCUUUAAAGUAUUCACUUUGCCCAUUCAUCUUUGUUUCCUAGGUGCUGAAUGUGUUUUCUCAUUCCUUUAAAUUUUUUAAUUGAAAGUAUUUAUUUGUAAAAUUAAUUUUUGACAGAACAAAAUGGCGUUCAUUGCUCUCUUGGCUUCUGUUCUUGUCCUUGGUGAGUAGUUUACGUUACAUAAUAUGUCACAUUUCUGAUAUAAUAAGCCUUACAAUUUCGUAUAAGGCAUUUAUUUCAAUAACACGGACUUUUUUUAAAAAAAUAUUUAGUUUUAAAACAUUUAGUUCGACCUUUUAAAAAGAAAAUUUUGGAAAUGAUUGAGAUGAAAUCUUAAUCAAAACAUUUAAAAUAACAGCAGAGCCCAGUUUGUGACAAUGGUCCAUGGUUCAGCUUACAUUCAAAGAUUAUUUUAACACCAAAAAUAAACCAAAUUAAAACAUAUCCAAUCAAAGACCGUAGAUGUAAAAGGAAUAAAUGAUUAAUUUAAAUGAUUUUAUUUGCCCUAAUGAAAUAAAAACAAAGAAGAUGAAUAAGGAAUUGAGCAUUUUCAAAUUUUUAAAUUCCCUUUUAUUUCAGCCGUUCCUACCUUCCAGCAGCCACAAGGGGUAACAGAUUUUAUUUUUCUACAACCUUUUUUAAAAAUGAAUAUUUUGUGGUUUGUGCAUGUGAUGUUAACAUUGCGGAUUACUUUGUUUCGAUGUUGACAUCAAGCAGAACAAAAAUCGAACCCAUUGAUAAAUUUUUUUUUUUUUUUAAAUAAGUACACGGGCGUUAAGUCUAAGCUUACCAUGGGUCCCGGUUGUGAAUCAGCUUCCGGAUCAGUUGGAAUGUUGGUUUUGCAGGCAAUGAUGUGUCCCUUCUGUUUUAGUUAGUAUCGAACACAUUGAUCAUAUCAGAAGUUGUUUCAUCAAUUAACAUUCUAUUUGAAAGAUUGCCAAGGUCAAAGGUUGUAUUGCUUAUCGCGGUUCUAUUUAAAAAAAUAAGUCAAAGCGUGCAUUUUAGGUCUCUGUAACUAUCAGGCCUGGGUCAAACGUUUCACCAUCACAUCUAUCCCCCCCCCCACUCCACGACACAAUUCUAAGAGCAUAAAAAUGUUAUAAGCUAAAACAAAUUACGCACUGUUAUCUUCUCAUAACUUCAAUAAAUAAUUCAGUACUUAGCUUUCCCCCCCCCAAAAAAAAGUAUUUUUUUAGAUAAUAGCUAGAAUGAAAGUAUGAGGAUCAUUUCUUUUCCCAAACACCCCAUUCCACUCGAUGGUGCUUUCAGAACUUGCGUGAUACCCAAAUGCCGAGCCUUAAUAAAAUUACUGCCUAAGGGCAAUGCCCUUAAGUUGCAUCCUCCACCAAAAAAAUUGAGCUGGUUAUUGUGUUCAAAAAUUUUACCAAGUAGGGCCAACCGGAAACGGCACUCGUUAUACCUGCUCACAUAGGUCUCGAUUUCCCCACUUAAGGUUUGGUAAGCCUAAUGAUAUAAGAAAUGAUUUAAUCAAACUAAAAGCGACUACGCUUAAAAUGAUUUCGUCUUUGUAACACAACGCCCGACUAAAUGAAAUGGGCUUUAUUUUUAAGUCACCCAUUCUUCUUGGUACCCUAUGCCACAGUGCUGCCAUAUCCCGUAAUACAAAAUAAAUUUCUUCGUUUCAACUAUUUCAGGGCUACGUUGGUGGUCUUAUCGACACAAUGUAAGUUGACAUUUUUUAGGAUUUUCAAAGUUUUGUUAACCUUAAAAGGCAAUUUUCUUUUCUAAGCCCACCUGAAGUUCAUAUUAUGGAAUGCCUAUCUUAUAACUAUGAGACAAUAUCGAAAAAUGAUCACAUCAGCGAUCGUAAAUCUCAUUUCAACCAUGAUGUGAUCACAUCAACGAAAUCGCCCUCCUCUGCUGGAAGCAACAUCACUCAGGAAUUUAAUCAUUUUCUUUCAUUUUCCAGCCAACCCGGCAACUGCUAUGACCGCUGUUAUUUGGCCUACCAGAAAAACCCCAGCAGCUACUUCGUUUCCGGGUGUGUCUGCAACCAAUACAACUUUCCUGGCAAUGGCCCCAUUGGUGGCGGCCCAAUCGGAGGAGGAAAUGGUUUGUUCAAAAAUUUUAUGUCACUUCCAUUGUUUGUUUGUUUGUUUGUUGUUGUUUUUUUAAUUCUUAAUUUUUUCUUUAUCUCAUUUUUUAAAAUUAUCACCUCUUUUAAAUUUAAAAAAAAAUAAAUCUGUUAACUUUUCAUACCUCUUUUUUUUUCUUUCUUAUUUUUCGUUAAAUGCUAUCUUCAAAUACUUCCAAUGAAUACGUUAAUAAAUUUGUUUUGUUUUGUUUAAAAAACGUUACAUUCCUUUAUUUGUUUUUUUUGUUUUUUGUUUUUAUUGCCGUUAUCGCAACCUCAUCGGUAAUUAAAAACAUCCAAUAUUUGUUUUAUUCACACUGACUGGCGCACCUUAUAUCGUCUGUCCAUCCAUAGGCAACUGUGGUUACCUGGCCGCCAACUGCCGUGCCAGCCCUGGCGAGUACAACGCCGUCUUCGCCUACACUUUCGACACAAAUACCCAGGCUUGCGUGAAAGUCAGCGUCUACAACACUUGCGUCAACGGCUACGGUGCUUCCAGCAACAUUUUCCAGACCCUCCAGGCGUGCAACGUGGCUUGCAACUACAACAAGGGAUAUUAAGCGCAUGGUUUCAAUAUUUUAAAAUUAAUGUUGAUCUAUAGAUUGGAAACCUCAUGUACGCCAUAAACCAAAUCUGAAGUUAAUCUAUCAAUAUUAGAAUUCUAAAUCGGUUUAAUUAUUCAAUAAACAUUUUUUUUUUAAACACCUUCAUUGUCACCAGGAAAUAACAAAAAUUGUAAAAAAAGAAAUAGCAUCUUUAACAUUAAACUAAUUUAAACAUAAAAAUUAAAUUGAACGAAUUUGAAGAAGAGCAAAUCAUUUACAUUUUGAUGCAAAUCCAUAUUAAAAGAAUGCAUCAAAACUACAUCGUUGGAAACCAACAAACGUCCUUUCUCUGUGAUAAAACUAGUGUGUAUGCCUGAUUGAGUAGUUGUUUGAAAUGAUUACAGUCAUGUGUUAACGCGUUUGAAUUCCAUCGUGAGCACUUUGAGACUUGAGUGCUGACGUCAUGAUUAUACUGUAGACAACUCUAAAUGGUGUUUGCAAUGAACUAUGCCCAAACCACGAUGUAGCAAAUUAAACACUCAAAAGAAUUAUAUCAAGUGUUCAGUUUUGGUUUUCUUUUAUUUUAUUUUAAUUGUGCGUCGUAAUUAUGGACAACUCAUUCAUCGUUGUUGA